AAAGUGGGUGAAAGGUCGGCGGAGCCGGAGCGGCGGGGGCGGUGCAGCGAGGCGGCAGGGAACGUCCUGACAGACAGCCGGACCAUGACGGACCAGGCGAAGCCCAUCAGUCCGCUGAAGAACCUGCUGGCCGGCGGCUUCGGAGGCAUGUGCCUGGUGUUCGUGGGGCACCCGCUGGACACGGUCAAGGUCCGACUGCAGACGCAGCCCCCGAGUUUGCCUGGACAGCCUCCCAUGUAUUCUGGGACCUUUGACUGCUUCCGGAAGACUCUUAUGAGAGAGGGCAUCACGGGGCUGUACCGGGGCAUGGCUGCCCCCAUCAUCGGGGUCACCCCCAUGUUCGCGGUGUGCUUCUUCGGGUUUGGUUUGGGGAAGAAACUGCAACAGAAACACCCAGAAGACGUGCUCAGCUACCCCCAACUGUUUGCAGCUGGGAUGCUGUCAGGCGUCUUCACCACCGGGAUCAUGACCCCUGGAGAAAGGAUCAAGUGCCUGUUACAGAUCCAGGCUUCUUCCGGGGAAACCAAGUACACCGGCGCCCUGGACUGCGCGAAGAAGGUGUACCAGGAGUCCGGGAUCCGGGGCAUCUACAAGGGCACUGUGCUGACCCUCAUGCGAGAUGUUCCAGCCAGUGGGAUGUAUUUCAUGACAUAUGAAUGGCUGAAAAAUAUCUUAACUCCCGAGGGAAAGAGCGUCAGUGAGCUCAGCGUGCCUCGGAUCCUGGUGGCUGGGGGCGUCGCAGGGAUCUUCAACUGGGUUGUGGCGAUCCCCCCGGACGUGCUGAAGUCCCGCUUCCAGACUGCACCUCCUGGGAAAUACCCCAAUGGUUUCCGAGACGUGCUGAGGGAGCUGGUCCAGAACGAAGGGGUCACGUCCUUGUACAAGGGGUUCAACGCCGUGAUGAUCCGAGCCUUCCCAGCCAACGCGGCCUGUUUCCUUGGCUUUGAAGUCGCCAUGAAGUUCCUUAAUUGGAUCACCCCCAACUUGUGAGGCUGAAGGCUGCUCGAGGCUCCUGGAUGCUGGAAACUUCCCGAAGAGGAGCGGUGGGCAGGACGAGGCCGUCCUGAAGGGGGCGGGGGGAGAGGUCAGAGCUCUGUGCAGGGACUUGCUGAGACCGACCGUGUGCCUUAAUGACAUCCUCCACCUGGUGUGCCGUUUGAAACUUGAAGUCGCUCUUGCCAGUUUAAGGGAUCUCAGGAGGAUUUUGAGACGGGGUCAGGAGCUUCUAGACCGGAUACCCGCUGUGGCCAGAGUGCUGUCCACGGAUUGGUUGACUGCUGGCCCUACUGUACCCCAAACACUAGUCUCAAAAGAGGAACUCUCAGCCUUUCCCUGGAGGCACCAUGCAUGUUUACAGCCAGCUGGCCAGGAGCCGAGUCUCCUUUGAUCCCUAGCCAGGAACCCCCACCAGAUGUCAGGGUGUCAGCCCAUCUGACAUGCACGGGGGCGG